AUGGCAAAUAAGCCACAAUUAACAUUUGCUCGGAUUGUAUCCGGAACUAUCGAUACGAACGGUGCUAGUACUAGAGGUGUUGCGAUAACGCAAAUCCCUGUCACUGCCGCGGUUGCUUCAACUACUACUGCUGCUACUAUUACUGCUAUUACUACUACUACUACCACCACCACCACCGCCACUACCACUACUACCACAACAACUACUACUACAACUGUUACUGCUGUUACUACUACUACUGCUACUACUACUACUGCUACUACUGCUACUGCUGCUACUGCUACUGACACUACAACUGAAACGACAAGCAGUGAGAUCACAGAUGUAAGUAUUAUUGCUAUGGAAUCAGGAAGUCACACGAAUAAUACUACGCCCGGAGAUUCAGAUGUUGUAACUGCGCCAUCUAUCCCAAACUCUUUCGGUAAAAACAAAGACGGUUUACACCAACGAUUUGUUGAGGAACGAAAAUUGGAUUCAGACGGUAAUGCUCAUGUUCAACGUUCUACACAGUUUGGACAACACCAACAGAAUCAGUAUAAUCAGCAUAUUCAGCGACGUAAUAAACCGCGUCCCAAAAGUGAUCGUUUACGAAAGGAUGAUGGCGUAUUAUCAGCAGGUAAGGAAGAAAGUGAAAGACAUACGGAGCAACAACAUGAGGUAGUUUUAGGUCCAGCCCCACUUCCAGCUGUGAACGCCUGGUUCAAACAGUCUACAACAGAAGCAAAAGAGUCAAAGGAAAGUGGCGGAUUGAAUUCUCAGAUAUCUUCAGUAAAAGAAGAAGCGGAUUCACAGGAAGUAUCACUAUCUUUGAAAACGAUGGAGGAUGAUAAGGACAGUAUUAUUAAGUUAGUGGCGCAAGAAACGCUAAUAUUCACGAGUGGAAAUAAUUCGAACAAAAUGGCAAAACCUCAUUCGGGUCAAACAAAACAGGAAAAGCAACUUGACGCUGAAACAACGAAUGUAGAUGACAAAGCUUGGCCAUCACUCAAUGAAGCCGUCAAUGAAGAACUGAAACUGGAUAGCGUGAUAAAUAAUGCAAAGGGGGGUAUUGUUAGUCAUGAAAUGAUGAAAGUUACUGACGGUUCGGAAACGGAUGUGAAGCAAGAUAGGGAUAAAGAAAAUGAAAAUAAUGGAAUUGGAGGAAAAAGCAACAGAAGCAGCAAAACAUGGAAGAAGUUGGACAUUGAUGUGGAUUAUGCGGGACGUGAAGGACAAGGAAGACGAGGCAACAGUGGAACAAGUAGCAAGAGUGAUCAUCCGCAAAAAAACAGCAGGAGAGGUCCGAGCUUCGCGAAACAGCAAACAGUAAAAGAACACAGCAAUCCAUCCUACGGGGUCAUCACCGAUCCUGCUUCAACGACCGAAAAUGCCUCAAAGAUCGCACCAGCAUUAGCGCCUGCGUCUUUGUUGGGUUGUGCACAACCGUUAUCAUGCAUUGCACCGGCACUUAUAUACAGUCCUGAAUGUGCUACCGUCAAUGAGGAAUACGCUGAGGAAGACUAUUGGUAA